GCGCGCGCCUCACAAUUCAACAGCUCCACAUAGCGACUUGCAAACAUUGAGUAAGAACAAUAUGACCGAAAAUUGUAGAAAGGUGAACACAUUUGGCUAGCUGCUAUUAUUCAUGAAUUAGCUAGUUUAGCGACAGGAUGUAACACGCAGUUUAUUUCACUUAGAUAUAUAAUUUCGAUUAAUUGAAAGUAUACCUGGAAAGCCUGAAUUGGUAGGUAAUUGGAAUCUACCUACUAAGACCUAACUCCCCUGGAUGAAUCACUGACAAUCUUCCACAUUGAUAUUCAGAAACGUCAUCCAGUAACUCCUUACUAAUAGAAUACUUAAGUAUAUAGAUCAAUUGCACAACUUUUGAGGAAAUGCCAACUCACCUGUUGCCAUAUGUGGAACGUCCAGAUGGACUUGGACAAGACGUUCUAAAUAUUAGUAGUGGUGCUAGCAUGCCAGGGUCUGGCUCCAGCAUGACUCCUCACAGUGCCACCAUCACUAACAAAGCCGAGGCUCAGCCCGAGGGAAGCCUGCUGGAAGCCCUGGACUGUAUGUUUUGUGACCAGACCUUCAUACACCAAGAUGACAUGGGCCCACACGUCCUGACCCAGCACCCCACAACACUGUUCGAAACGACAGUUCUGCGUGUGGAGGCAGAGUUCUUGAUCCCAGGUGAGAGGGCCCGGACCAAACCCAGGUUGCCAUCUGUGAAGGAGGUGGUAUUUAGCUGCGUUGUGUGUGAUCAGGCCACAGAGGGUGCCAGUGAGCUGGAGAGCCACAUGAGGACACACAAGGACUGUUUCACAUUUCACUGUAACUUUUGUGGCCGGCGGUUCAAAGAACCCUGGUUUCUCAGGAACCAUAUGAGGUUCCAUAAGGCUAAGGCCCAGCAGAAACUGGAUGGUCCAGUUAUUAUCAAUGAAGUCAUCCAAGACCAAGUCCCAGAGCCUGUAAUCACCCCUUAUAAAAUGUGCUUUACCUGUGGCUUCUUUUUUCCCGAUAAACACCAUUUGGUGGAACACAGCAAAGUACAUAGUAAAGAAUUAGAGGCUGAUGAAAACAGAGAGAAGGAUAGACAGGAAGAUCCCCUCAGUCAACAAGGUUUUUUACAGGUACUCAACCUUCGCCCCCUCUCUGACGAAAGUACUAUACCAGAGAGAUCUUCUAGGUGGAUUGCCCAACUCGACCCUUUCAACACCUACCAGGCCUGGCAACUUGCCACCAAGGGAAAGAUAGCAGUUUGCCCAAGUAUGGCUAAAGAUCUAGGCCUAAUCCAAGACCACAGCUCUAACAACGAGGACUCUGGCUCAGAUAAAGAACUGACAAACAUCUGGUCAGAAGGCCAAGAAGGUGACAACAAGUGUGUUAAAGCCAACUUGGGUAGAGAACUGAGAUCCAGACAGACUGCUGGAGAGACCCCAUCACCAGAACCUGAUCAGAAGUCAAGUCGAAAUGACAAGCCGACGCACUGUGAGGACUGUGGGAGGACAUUCAGGACGUACCACCAGCUUGUUCUCCACUCCAGAGUGCACAAGAGGGAGAGGGGUGAGGCGGAGAGCCCCACCGCCUUCAUUGAUGGCAAGCUCUCCAGAGCAGGGUCCCCCAAAGAAGAGGGGUCUGAAGAAGGGUCAGAUGACGGAGCACCGGGAGAUGCCUUAUUUUCAGAUAAAAGUGAAGAUGGAUUUGAUCAAAUGAAGGUGAAACAUAUUGUGUCCUCCAGGGAGUGUAGUUACUGUGGCAAGACAUUCCGUUCCAGCUAUUACCUCAACAUUCACCUCAGGACCCAUACAGGUGAAAAACCAUACAAAUGUAUAUACUGUGACUAUGCUGCAGCCCAGAAAACCUCACUGAGAUAUCACUUAGAUAGACGUCACAAGGACAAACCUUACACUGGCAUCCCCAAUAAGCCUGUGAUAUCUGUGCCAUCUCCCAGUGAGAAAGAAUUCACCAGAAACAGAGAUGACAAACGGGUCCCCAACCGAUCCAAACUGUGGCCAACUCCCAAUGUCAGGCCUGCAACCGAACCUUGUGCCAUUAUGAAAUCAGAGGAUAGAUUUAAUAGCAUCGGUGUCAAGAUUGCCAGCCCACUUGCUCAAGUGAAUGCUGAGUAUGGGAAAUUGAUUUCUACGGCUGCUUACUCUUCUUCUGCACACAUAAAAUGCCCCGUACCUGUUAACCUGAAGUUGGAAGGACAGGGGACAAAACACCCCGCACCUGUUAACCUGAAGAUGGAAGGACAGGAGACAAAAUACCCCGUACCUGUUAACCUGAAGAUGGAAGGACAGGAGACAAAACACCCCGUACCUGUUAACCUGAAGAUGGAAGGACAGGAGACAAAAUACCCCGUACCUGUUAACCUGAAGAUGGAAGGACAGGAGACAAAACACCCCGUACCUGUUAACCUGAAGAUGGAAGGACAGGAGACAAAACACCCCGUACCUGUUAACCUGAAGAUGGAAGGACAGGAGACAAAACACCCCGUACCUGUUAACCUGAAGAUGGAAGGACAGGAGACAAAACACCCCGUACCUGUUAACCUGAAGAUGGAAGGACAGGAGACAAAACACCCCGUACCUGUUAACCUGAAGAUGGAAGGAAAGGAAAUAAAUGAGGGCUUCAGCGCCCCAUUAAAUUUGUCCUUAAAAGUUUCACUUUCCAUCUCCGCCACCCUAAUACCAAGGAAUGUGUUGAUUUCCAAUGCCUGCUCGUCCUGUGCCUUCAGCACUAUGUACCCAGAGGUCCUGCUCAUGCACAAGAAGCUGCUUCACAAGGAGAAGUCUGACAUAACUAAGAAGAACAGAAGUCUAAAACUGAAGCGUUAUACUGGCUGCCCCCCUGCCCUUGAGGGCAAAGAUGUCACCCUGCUGCCUCUUGUAGAUCGGAGACACCCUCGCCGGACCAAAUCCCCAACCCCUCAGUCUCCUGGAAAACGUACAGGAAAGACUCACCCCUCCAACCCUCAUGGGCCUAAACAGUCUCUUACCAAUGAACCCCGGAAGGCGAUGGGAGCCCUGGGCCUGGACAAUCAGCGGUACAGGAUGAUGAUGAUGAUGCCGCCUACCACCAGCCAGGGCCAAUCCAGGUUUACAGAGCCAGCAGAACAAUCCAACACCAAUGGUAGAAAAUAUAGCAAACCUGUAAUGGAGAGACCAAGGCAGAGCCCAUCGGACAGCAAAGUGGCAAGCGGCUUAAGAAGCGGUCCUGUGAGGAGCGGUAGUGUUGUAAUCUGGCCCUCAGAUGCUGCCAGGCUAUGCCUCUCCAGCCGGUUCGGUAAUCUUCCCCCAAUGGACUUUGGUGGUGAACCUUCCAGUAAGAGGCAGAGAUUCUCUGUGCUCCCCGGAAGGGAAACGGACACUGUUGAUACUGGCUUUAGGAUGGAGGACGGGUACAACAGACUGCUUCCCUCAGGAAGAAAUGUAGCCUCUCCCUCUCACAGGCUGCAAGCCUAUGCCCCAGUCAAAGCGUCCAACCCUCCAGCCUCUGCAAGCAGCAGCAGCAUGGAGACUGACUGGAAUAUGAUCAACAUCCUCCGUUCCUACACCCCCAGUGACCUGGCCUCCCUCUACCAUCCCACUGUGGCUAACCCCAGUCAUGGAGUGCAGACAAACCCAAGAGGGAGUAGGCCAUUACUCUACCCAGCUAGUAUGCUACAGAGGAGAGCCUAUUCCAGACCCAUCAGUAAUGAAUGCAGUGGACCCACUGACGAAAGGGCUUAACUGUUCUAAUGGUAUGCUAUUGUUCUGGUUGACUUCACCGGUCAUGGUGUAAGUAACGUUGUCUUAAGUUCUGUGUUGAGAUAAAUAUAAUACAUUUGAUAGCCUUCUGUAGGUUUGAAAUACACUGAGAAGUUCAUGCUACAAUCAUCUUUUGAGAGUUUACCUGGAGGAAAGGCCUGACCCAUAAAUGACCUAACCCCACUGAUCUAUACACAUCCAUCUAAUAUAACAGUUGAGGUAGUUGACAAAUGACUGUUUGAAUAUCAUAUUGUUAUGGUUGCACUAGAUAAAACAUGUAUAAAUGAGAAGUGUUAAGAGGAAGUUACAUUUUGUUUAUUAAUACGCUGGUCUGUCUAAUAUGACAUACAGUCAGCAAUCAAAGGACCAUGUUUUUGUCAAAGCACUGAUGUUGGGUAGGGUUUUAUCUGACCUACAGCUUGAGUUCUUAGUUUACAAAACAAAAGCUGUAUGUUGACGUAUCUUGCCUCAAACUCAAUUUAUAGACUGUUGACGCUCAUAGUAGGCAGUUAUUUUUCUAAUGAUAUGAAGCUGCAGUAGCUAUCAUGUCUACUAUUGAGCCAGUUCAUUUUGGAGAGUUGGGAGCAACAUGUCUGUGCCUAUAAGUAGUAGUUAUUCACUGGAUAAACAUGAUCAGAGCCUGAAGCCAGGGAUUCCUGCUACUGGGUAUUAUGUAAAAUGUACAUAGAAAAGGCUGCUGGUUCUGUUCUGCCUAUGGAUUCCUCACAACUGACUAUGCUGUAACAGUGGUAAAACAUGGACCGAAUAUCUGAGGGAUUCCAGUUUUUGUGCGCACGAAUACUGUUCAGAUGUUUCUUUUUUUAGAUCAACUGUUUUUCCAAACGGUAUUCAGGACUCUGUUCAUGUCAUGCAGGAUCAGAAGAUAGUCUUUAGCCUCAGGUUGGAUUGUGUUAACUUGUCUGCCUGCUUUGUCACAGGCUUUUCUGAAGCUGUGGUCUACUACUUGUUGAUUCUGUAUAUAAGUCAGGGAGAGCAGAGUGAAUGCCUUACUGCAGGAAUUGCUCAACAUUGUACACUGAAAAAACAAUUGUCUCAGGUUUCAGAACUCAAUUUGAGCUCUAUGAUUCUACUUCAUUUAUGCAUUAACUGUUACAAAUUAAUGCACAUGGUGUAGGAAGCGUUCUGAUAUUUUCAAGCAAUUUGGGCACACCAGACCUCUGUUAUUUCAUAUUUUUGCUGUUAUAAUUUUCAAGGUGUUAUUUAUUUCUGUACAUUUUUUGUUUGUUUUCUGUGUGUGCAAUGUAAAAAGUGAAAUAUCGCUCAAGAGUUGUAUGACUAUCACCAUGAGUCAAUGACAUUUGGGGCAUAGACGAGUAGUGUUAUAAUAUUUGUUUGUGCUGUUUGAAAAUGUCUACAGGUAUCUUUCCAAGUCUUACUAUAGGCCUACCACCUUCCUGUUUAUGUAACCUUGAAACAACUUUUGAGACCUUUUUUUUUUCAUCACUGGAAAUGUACAGUUUCAGACUUCUCCUUUCCUGCUUUCAUAAGCGAAUGGUUAUUAAGUUUAAAUCAUUUAAACAUUUAAAUCUAAGUUUGGUUAAUCUAAGUUUAGUUUAUGUAUUAGCCUAGGUAAUUAUUGUGACGGAUACUGGACUUAACCUGGUUAGUUGAAUUUACUCCUAUUUGAGAUGCAAUGCUAUGUCUGCCUAUGCUGCUCUACAGUACUUUAUACAGUGAUUUCACCCAGUGUGGUUUACGUUCGCCUAAUAAAUGAUAGCCAUGUCAAUA